AUGCCCAUAUUGUUCCUUGAUUAUAAAUACAUCCGACCAGGAUCAAUCGCUUACACUCACACUAUUGCUUCAUUAUGUUUGGAUAACAGAACACGGAUUUCUUCAUUUUUUUUUUUCUUUUCUUCAUUUUUUUCUUUUCUUCUUUUUUUCAUUUUUUCUUUUUUUUUCAAUUUUUUCUUUUUUUUUUUUUUUUUUUUUUUUUUCUCUUUUUUUUUUUUUUUUCAUUUUUUCAUUUUUUUUUUUUUUUUUUUUUUUUUUUUUUCAUUUUUUUUUUUUUUUCAUUUUUUCUUUUUUUUUUUUUUUCUUUUUUUUUUUUUUUUUUUUUUUUUCAUUUUUUUUCUUUUUUUUUUUUUUUUUUUUUUUUUUUUUUUUUUUCUUUUUUUUUCUUUUUUUUCAUUUUUUUCUCUUUUUUCAUUUUUUUUCUCUUUUUUUUCAUUUUUUCUUUUUUUCAUUUUUUUCUUUUCAUUUUUUCCUUUUUUUUCUUUUUUUUCUUUUUUUCAUUUUUUUUUUUUUCAUUUUUUUUUUUUUUUUUUUUUUUCAUUUUUUCUUUUUCAUUUUUUUCUCUUUUUCAUUUUUUUCUCUUUUUCAUUUUUUUCUCUUUUUCAUUUUUUUCUCUUUUUCAUUUUUUCUCUUUUUCAUUUUUUCUCUUUUCAUUUUUUUUCAUCUUUUUUUCAUUUUUUUUUUUCAUUUUUUUCUCUUUUUUUCAUUUUUUUCUCUUUUUUCAUUUUUUUCUCUUUUUUUUUUUUUUUUUUUUUUUUUUUUUUCUCUUUUUUUCAUUUUUUUUUCUUUUUUUCAUUUUUUUUUUUUUUUUUUCAUUUUUUUUCAUUUUUUUUUUUUUUUUUUUUUUUUUUUUUUUUUUUUUUUUUUUUCAUUUUUUUUUUUUUUUUUUUCUUUUUUUCCAGUUUUUUUCUUUUUUUUCUUUUUUUUUUUUCCAGUUCUUUUUUUUUUCAGUUUUUUUCUUUUUUUCAUUUUUUCUCUUUUUCCAGUUUUUUUUUUUCCAGUUUUUUUCUUUUCCAGUUCUUUUUUUUUUCCAGUUUUUUUCUUUUCCAGUUCUUUUUUUUUUCAGUUUUUUCUUUUUUUUUUUUUUUUUUUCAGUUCUUUUUUUUUUCCAGUUUUUUCUUUUCCAGUUUUUUUUUUUUUUUUUUCUUUUUUUUUCCAGUUUUUUUUUUUUUCAGUUUUUUUCUUUUCCAGUUCUUUUUUUUUCCAGUUUUUUCUUUUCCAGUUCUUUUCUUUUCCAGUUCUUUUCUUUUCCAGUUCUUUUCUCUUCCAGUUCUUUUCUUUUCCAGUUCUUUUCUUUUCCAGUUCUUUUCUUUUCCAGCAGUAUUAACUAAAGUACCCAAAGUAACUCGUGUUGUGUAUAUGGAUGAUGGAAAGAAAAUAUCAUCAGAUGGUUACUUAGCAUCAGUGCAAAUUUGUAGUAUUUCAGAAGUGGAACAAAUUGGGUCCAAGACUUCCAAAAGUGUUGUGAUCAGCCAUGCUAAUUUGAUGGCUGGUAUGUCUGGCCAAUGUGAACGAAUACCCAAAUUAGGUCCUAAUGAUAUCUAUAUAGGUUACUUGCCACUGGCACAUGUUUUAGAGCUUACUGCUGAGUUGUCUUGUUUAGCCCAUGGUACCUGUAUUGGUUAUUCUUCAGCACUGACACUAACUGACCAGUUGAUCAUGGAUCGACUGUACAAAAGUGUGUGGGACAAGAUCAACUCUCAGGGCAAAAUGACCAGGGCCUUGUUUGAGUUUGCCUAUUCUUAUAAAGGUUGGAGGCUUGAGUGUGGCUAUGACACUCCAUUAUUCAACAGAAUUUUAUUUAAAAAAGUGAGAGCCAUUUUAGGGGGACAUGUCCGAAUUAUGCUUAGUGGUGGUGCUCCACUGUCAGAAGCAACACAGAAGUUCAUGAAUAUCUGUUUCUGUUGCCCUGUUGGACAAGGAUAUGGCUUGACAGAGACCUGUGGUGCUGGAACGAUUACGGAAGUCACUGAUUUGAGUACUGGUCGUGUUGGUGCACCUCUGACAUGCUGUGAAAUUCGGUUACGAGAUUGGCCAGAAGGUGGAUAUACAACGUUAGAUAAACCUCAUCCUCGAGGUGAAAUCCUUGUUGGGGGUGGAAACAUUGCCAUGGGAUACUACAAAAAUGAAGAGAAGACCAAGGGAGACUUCAUCAAGAUUAAUGGAAUCAAUUAUUUCUGCACAGGAGACAUUGGUGAAUUUGAAGCUGAUGGCUCUCUCAAAGUUAUUGAUCGCAAGAAGGAUCUUGUGAAGCUACAAGCUGGUGAGUAUGUCUCACUCAGCAAAGUGGAGACUGUUCUCAAGAUGUCAUCUCUUGUUGAGCAAAUCUGCAUUUAUGCCAACAGCUUCCACAAUUUCACAGUCGGCCUGGUUGUACCUAAUCAGAAGAAUCUCUGCAAGCUUGCCAGUGAAAUAGGUCUGAAUGGAUUGGACUUUAAGCAACUUUGCCAGAACCAAAAGUUGGUCAAAGAAGUGACAAAGAAACUCAGUGACUUUGGUGUUACCUAUUAUCAAAUGCCAAAAUUAACUGCUAUUGAAAGAGUCUGGGUAUUCCUCAGUGCACAACACCUGACCCCCCCCUCUCAUUAUGACCUUACCAUCUUUUCCUCUUCCCACUUUCUAUCUUUUUUCUCUGUUCUUAUCUCUUUCUUUUAUUUUUGUUUUCCUCCCUGGUCAUGGCCUCAGCACCAUCCCUCAUUUGCUUGUGUCUACAGCUGA